GAAAAGGUUAGAAUCUCUUGAUACUUAAAACAAACACAUCCACAUCCCUUGUCAAUGGUUAGUAACCAACCCCACCAUUAUUCAAAUGGGGUAAAUUGCUGUUAAAAUUUGAUAAAUGGAAAACUGUCACACACGUGACUUACCCAACCCUCGGAAAAAGACGAAAAUUAUCGUCGUUCCCUAAAACACGUAAAACCAAAAAAAGAAAUUUAUACGACCAGCUUUGAAAAAAAUGUUUUGAAACUUUUAAAGUGAAUUAUUUGCUGCCAAUUUAUAUUCCACUUGUUUCUCUUUUUGAAGUUUGAAUAUCAACUCCAUCAAUCACAUACAUAUUCAAUCAAUCAUGGCUUUUCAAGACGUCUAUAUCGUUGCCACCGCACGUACUCCAAUUGGUUCCUUCCAAGGUCAACUUUCUUCUCUUACUUAUAGUGAUUUAGGUUCUGCUGCUGUAAAGGCAGCAUUAGCUAAAGUUCCUCAAAUUAAACCAGAAGAAGUCGAAGAAAUCUUCUUUGGUGGUGUUUUACAAGCUAAUGUUGGUCAAGCUCCAGCUAGACAAGUUGCCUUAAAAUCUGGUUUACCAGAAUCAAUUGUGGCCACUACUAUUAACAAAGUUUGUGCUUCUGGUUUAAAAGCAAUUAUUUUAGCCACUCAAACUAUCAUGACUGGUAAUGCUGAAAUUGUCAUUGCUGGUGGUGCUGAAUCUAUGUCUAACACUCCUUAUUAUAUCCCAACUGCUAGAACUGGUGCCAGAUACGGUGAUGCCACUUUAGUUGAUGGUGUUCAAAAAGAUGGUUUAUUAGAUGUUUAUGAACAAAAAUUAAUGGGUGUUGCUGCUGAAAAAUGUGCUGCUGACCACGAAUUUUCAAGAGAUCAUCAAGACGAAUUCGCUAUUAAUUCUUAUACUAAAGCUCAAAAUGCUCAAAAAUCAGGUAAAUUCGAUAAUGAAAUUGUUCCAGUCACUAUUAAAGGUUUCAGAGGUAAACCAGAUACUGUUGUAUCUCAAGAUGAAGAAGUUAAGAAUUUCAAUGAAUCAAAAUUAAGAAGUGCUAGAACUGUUUUCCAAAAGGAAAAUGGUACUGUUACAGCUCCAAAUGCUUCUAAAUUAAAUGAUGGUGGUGCUGCUGUUAUUUUAGUUUCUGAAUCAAAAUUAAAAGAAUUAGGUUUAAAACCAUUAGCUAAAAUUAAAGGUUGGGGUGAAGCCGCUAGAGCUCCAAUUGAUUUCACUAUUGCUCCAUCUUUAGCCAUUCCAAAAGCUUUAAAACAUGCUGGUAUUACUCAAGAUCAAGUUGAUUUCUUCGAAUUAAAUGAAGCUUUCUCUGUUGUUGGUUUAGCCAAUGCUAAACUCUGUGAUAUUCCUCAUGAAAAAUUAAAUGUCUACGGUGGAGCUGUUGCCUUAGGUCAUCCAUUAGGUUGUUCUGGUGCUAGAAUUGUUGUUACUUUACUUUCUGUCUUAAGUCAAGAAGGAGGUAGAUUCGGUGUUGCUGGUGUUUGUAAUGGUGGUGGUGGUGCUUCUUCCAUUGUUAUUGAAAAAAUUGACCAUGAUGCUAAAUUAUAGAUUAGUUGAUUAAUAGUUAUCAUAUAGAAGUGUUCUACUUGCAAAUUAAAUUAAAGUUAAAAUAUAUAUAUUUAUUAAAAAAUAAAAAAUUGUUUUGUGUA